UAGGUGCUGCACUGUGCAGCUCUCUCUGUGUGGAUAGUGAAUGUCAGUCCAGGGAUCCCUUUCCAGGCUGUCGGUAGCAGUGCAAGUGUAGCAAAACGUAUUUUCGCCUUAUUGGGUUUGAUUAAGACUUUAAAACUGAAGACCUUAACUAUUUAAUGCCAAGUGAACUGUACAAUAGUUGCCUAUGCAGUAUGCAGAAAUCGUCAGACUGAAUAAUUUUACAUGAAGAGCCGGCCUCUAUAGAAGGAAUAGAGUAGAGGACUUACUGUAUGUAACGCUGAAAAGGAGAGACUGAAAAACAGUCAAGGAAGAGGCUAAAAGUUAUAACUGGGUGGACACUGAGUUUUCGCGUGAACUGACAUCGUUUAAUCCUUCCUUUGGUUCUUUAACGAAAAGAGCAGACGCUGCCUAUAGGCUUUUCAAAGAACUUCAACCUGAAAGCAUUUGUCGAGGAAAAUAUCCUGUGCUGUGGCGAGACCAGGACAUUUUAAAGAACUGUAGAUUACACUAAAUGGUCGUCGAUAGAGUAUAUGAUAACAUGUUUUCAAAGUUAUUCAAAUCAGUCAAAAUAAUCAUGUGAAGAAACACUCCGGAUACCUAUGUUUUAAUGUUAUAGACUGACACGACUGUAAUCCUCUAGGCUGUAAGGCAACAUACAGUUUUGCCGAAAGAGGCUUUGUCGUGGGUGGAAUUCAGCUUUCCCCAAAUCAAAGAAACCUAUUGCUCAGUCACGGCAGAGACAAGAUCAUGAUAGAGCAUUGAUACCAGCAGAGAGAAAAUUUAGACUUAAUACUUCAACAAAAUGACGUUGAACCAGUCCAGUUUGUUCGGGCAAAUAGAUGACCUACAAGACCUCGCAAUCAUUGAAAGACCUGUACGCAGGAGUCUGAAGACUGCAGAGGAAAUUGAAAAGCUGACUGUGGAUGAAGACCUCAAUGAUAUUGAGCGAGCUGUCUACCUUCUCAGCUCAGGUCAGGAUGUACAGCGAGCAAGUGUUGUCAUCAGUCUGCCAAGCCUGGUUCGACAGAAUCCAGCAGAGACAUUUCGGAGGGUAGUGCCAAAAGUCAGAGAAGUCCUACACGUUGCAGGGGUGGAGAUGCAGUUAGCAGCUGCUGGCUCUUUCCUAACCAUCCUGCAAGAUGAUCUCAUAUUGAUCCAAACUCACACCCACUCGAUUUUGCAAAUCAUUCUACUAAACCUAGAUCACAGGGAUGCAGCAGUGGUCUGUAAUGCUUGGCUAGAAACACUAUUAUCUGCAAUUGAUGUUUUACCAAAGGAAACCAUAAGGCAAGAAAUACUACACCCUCUGGUAUCCAAAGCACAACUCUCCCAAACACUGCAAUCCCGCUUGGCCAGCUGCCGCAUUCUUGGAAAAGUAGCAGGGAAGUUUGAAUCACAAAUAGUUAAAAAAGACCUACUGCCUCUAGUAAGGUCUCUAUGUCAAGAUGUGGAGUAUGAAGUACGGUCCUGUAUGUGUCGACAGCUGGAGAACAUAGCCAGAGGAAUAGGGGCCGACCACACUAAGGCAGUGGUCUUGCCUGAGUUAGUCGAGUUGGCUCGAGAUGAGGAAAGCACUGUACGACUGGCUGCAUUUGAAACAAUUGUCAAUCUGCUGGAAAUGUUCGAAAGUGAUGACAAGACCCGUGUUAUAUUUCCAUUAGUGAAAACAUUUUGUGAAAAAUGUUUCAAAGCUGAUGAAGCUGUUUUGACUUCUUUGUCGUUUCAAUAUGGAAAACUCUGCCAUGGCCUCUCAGGGAAUUUCACUGAAGAGCAGCAUUUAUGGUUUCUAGAAUUUUACAAGAAACUGUGUGUAUUGGGCCUUCAUCAUGAAAAUGGUCACUGUGAGAGCCAGGGCUACCCACUAGAACUGGAGAAGAAAUAUGAGACAGUACGAAAAAACUGUGCCUAUAACUUCCCAGCCAUGGUAUUAUUUGCGGACCCAAAAACCUUCCCUUCAGAGCUAUAUCCUACUUUUUCAAGCUUAUGUCAUGAUCCUGAAAUUUCUGUCAGGCAUACAUCAGCUAGUGGCUUCCAUGAAGUUGUUAAAUUGUUAGGUCCCAAUGUACAUUAUAUACACAAGGAGCUGAUAGCACUAUUACAAGAUGACUCAUUAGAGGUAUUAGAUGCACUAAUGAACAAUCUCCAAGAAACUCUGGAGCUUGCUACAUCAAGAGGAGAAGGAUCUGCAUCUGAAAAUAAGGUCAGUAUUCCAGACCUGGUCCCUGCACUAGCUGCAGCAGAGCAGAAAGCAGCCACGUCUCUGAAGUGGAGAAUCCACGAGAAAGUCCUGCAGAAGUAUUCCUGCCUGCCUCGCGUCAUAUCAGGAGACCAGAUCUACUUCAGGUUCUUACAAAGGAUGUUUACAAUAAUUACAACCAAUAAUGUCCUUCCUGUACAACGAGAGUCUGCCAGAACAUUGUGUGUUUUCCUCCGCUAUAACCGCAAACAGGAGCAGAGACAAGAGAUAAUUAAUAAGCUGGUUGACCAACUGGGUCAAGGAAGAAGUUACUGGAAUAGACUACGAUAUCUCGACCUGUGUGAAAUUGCAAUGGAGCUCUUUUCCAAGUCUUACUUCUGUAAAUACUUCCUUGUUCCUGCACUGGAACUGGUGAAUGAUCCUGUAGCAAAUGUCAGGUAUAAGUUAUGCCACAUGCUGCCAAAGCUGAAGUCAACAAUUAAACUACCUACGGAUAAACAUCUCCUGCAGCAGUUAGAGUUCUGCGUGAGGAAACUGCUCUGCCGGGAAAAAGACAAGGACAUUAUGGCUAUAGCUAGAAAAACAGUGCUGGAACUUGACAAAAUGGACAUCACAGAACCAUAUCAAAAGAGGCACGAGAAGGAUCUGCUUGAUCAGAAAAAAGAAAAGGAAGAGAACCUUCUGCUAGAGAUGGAGCAGCUGGAAAGACAACAAAGUGAAGGAAAGUUAACAACUGAGAAACAUGCAGACAAGAAGCGCAGAGACAGUAAACCUGGAUUAUCUGUACCAAAAAACAUGGCAGUAUCGAAUUCUGGAUCUAAUACAACUACCUCAGUUGGUAAAGAAAUAAAGAAGACUAAAUUGGCAAGAAGUCGAUCACUCAGCAGUCAUCCUUCAUCUUCUAAAAUGGUUAAUUCAGACAAACAUAUCAAAAUAAAGGAAUCAGGAAGCUGCCCUGGAACAGGCAAGAGUUCACUACUGCCCAUUAAUGAUGACGUCAUUAGGACCCAUCACUUUAGUGCAGCAUCAACUUCAGUUUCGCCUUCCACCUCCUCAAUGCCAGUAUUAAUUCGCAGUAACACAAUCAACACUGUUGAUCACAGGAGCAAUGGCAGCAAGGAUACCCAAUCGAGGAAGAUUACCAUGCAAAGAAAGUCGAACUCAUUUGGGAUGCAAGCAGGGAGGGAGUGACAGGUGCCCUGCCAGCCCAGAGGACAAUUAUUGCCGCAGCUCUGCAGAAGAUAACUGGUCAACAAUCAAUAAAUACACAUUGUCAAAUGUGCAUUCCUGCUUUGGACAUACAGUGCAGUAUUUCUUCACUUUAGUUUAGCAAUUUUUAGGAUUAUAUGCAGUCAAUUUUGUUGUCAUUAAUUCAUGUUUGCAAUACUUGUACCCUUUGUUAAAAUGACACUUGGAACAAGGUCAUGUACACUAUGUAUUUUUAAUUAUUUUGCAAUACAGCAUGCUUUACAAAUGUUCACGAUUUUUGUUUUGUUCUUUCUCCUUUGUUCUUUUUAUAUUAUGGAUAUUUUAAUCGCCGAGUCUAAUACUGAGUUAUUUUAAAUCAAAAUGGGCCCUGAUACACUCCUACAAAUAAAACAAUUGUGCCUGAUGUUUUAGCACUUCAGUAAACUCAGACAAAACUCAGUAACUGAUUACUUUGAUAUAUGUUGGAUAUUUGUUAUGCUUUAAUGAAGACAAAUUAAAUAGAUUUCAUUUUUGUA